AUGGCGGACGCCCCUCCCGCAGCCACGGUCCCAGACGGGACGUUCCGACGCGGUAGCAUCCAGAAGCACAGCCAAGGCCAUGCUGACGCUGAUCCUCCUGGUGGUCGUGGUGAUCGCUCACGGACUCCGCUGCCCAUUAACGAGUCCGCGCUCGACUCCUUCGCCACCGUGGCUUAUGUCCAGUCCCUCAAGGACAAGCUCGACUCCAUGGAGGCCGCCAUCAGGGACACCAUCAAUGCAUCAGUCUCCUCGGCGAUGGGUACGGCAACGGGCCCCAUCUCAGCUGCACUCGCUGCAGCCCAAGCUGGCACCAACGGCCUCUCGGGCAAGAUCGAGCAGGAAGAGGGUCUCGCCGUGGGCCAGCAGAUCGACGCCAGCCGCAAGUCUUUUCAGCAACAAGUCGACGCGCUCACCCAGCGGAUGGGCGACAUCGAGAGCCGCCAGGACCAAGCUGACAAGGCCAUCUCCCAAAUGUCCGAACAGAUCGCGGCGUUGCAGAAAGCGCUCGAAGUGGCCAACAAACAACCGGCGCAGGAGACCUUAGUGGGCCGCGACUUCGACAGAGAUGUGGACCUCACUAUCGUCAAAGUGCAUGCGGACGGUCUGGUCACCCUCGACAAGGCCAUAGAAGCGCUCACCAAGUGGAUCAGCGACUGUGGCAUCGAGGAAUCGCGUUUCAAGGUACAGGGCCACGACACCUCCGUAUACUUCACGAUCCAGUUCACGGGCUUGCCUGGGCCCGCCUCCCGCAGAGUUCAGAAAUCAUUUGACAGUCUUCGCAAUCGUGACGGCAGUUGGCCCCGCAUCCGCGCGCCAGCGAUUGCAGGCAACGGGUCUGUCGACCUGCGGGUGGGGCCAGACAGGUCUCCCAAGCAAAUCAAGACAGAGAUCGUCGGCAAGCGCAUACGGCGAGCACUGGAGCGGGCCUUCCCUACCCACACGCGGAGAGUCGAUUGCGCAAAGGGCUGGAUCUCGGCCAACUGGUCCCCCGUGCUCUCCUACAUCUUCGACGUGAUGAAGCUUCGACGAUUGCCUACUAGGACCCUUCCCACCCUGGGCAUCACCCGAGCGCAGAUCAAGGACGCCAUCGACGAUGUGGUCACGCCCGAGAUGGUCUUGGGCGCCCAGGAGGCCCGCCAGAACCGCGCCCAGCUUCUCGCCUUCGCGCGGAAGGUCAGCACCGAGCUCUCCAUGCAUUCCUCCCUCGCGCCAUUGCUGAUCUUCUACAACAUCCACAACUACGAGAUCGGCAACGCGGCGGCCAUGCGCACCUCGACCAAGAUCAACGGCGACAUGCACCUGGCGAGGGACAACAGGAGCAAGAUCGCGCCGGUCGUCAUCGGGGACUUCAACUUCGCCGCCGUCGGGAAGCUGAAGCCCACCGAACCGUCCGCCAGAGCCUCGUCGGAUGCAACCGAGACUUCCAAAGCUUCGGCACGCCAGUGGCACGGCGCGCUCAAGCAUCUAUUGGAGUUCGAGGGCAGCGACGCAAUUCAUUUCUGUGCGGAGACGCUGGUUGAAUCAACCAUCGACCGCUGCUUCUGCUCGAUCACGCCCUCCCAGAUGAUCCAGCUCGCCGUCGCCUCCGCCGCCUUCUCCACCCCCGAACUGCUGUCCUGCCGUCGGUUCAGCGACCAUGCCGCAGUUCUCGUAUCCUUCGCCAUGCGUGACCUCGAAGAUGAGAAGAACCAGCCGAUUGCCCAGUGCAUCUUCAAGCCCCUCAUCUUCAUGCAGAUCGCGGAAAGGGCGUUCUCCCAGACCGACCUCGACAAACUGCCGCCGCCGGCCAGACUACUCCAGAGCACGGAGCUCCCACGUGAAGUCGCCCGUGCCGCUCGAGACCGCACUCACGAAGGAAAUCCUGGACAAGGGGCUGUCCAGCUCCAGCGAGCCAAAUCGAUUGCCCGCGCGGUCUGGCGGCAGGAUUGCAAGCUGGCGGUCAGACCCCUCCGCGCCCAUGCCAAAGCUCAAGAUAUCCUCGACAUCAGCAUGGACCAGAUCAAGCUCACGGACCCCGCCUCUUUCGAGGAGCGGGCCAGUGCCAUCUUCCGUCAAGAUGCGGAUCAACGACGAGCCGCCGUUGAUCUGGCUCGACAGCGAGGGCGCCUUCCCCAUGCCGAAGCCCGCGCCCAGUCCCAACCUCUGCGCCGCAAGAGCCAGCUCUGGAACCCGAUUAUCAAACGCCUGGUGCUCACUGGUGCGAAGACAAUUACUGGAACAGUGACGGGGCCGACUGAGAGACUGCAGAAGCUGAUGGAGCACUGGCAACCCGUCUUCCAGGGCAAGACUGUGGACGCUGGGGCGGCGGGGAUCUACUUCAGCCGAUGCGCGCCCAAGAUCGACUUCAACAGCUACGCGCCCCCCGACUACGACACGCUCAGGAGGUUCGCGCGCAGGUCCUCCCCCGCCCCCCCCGGCGUGCAGCACCAUGGGCGCUGCGAUGGCCGCGGCGGCCGCCCAUGUGGUACCAGCAUCGCAGCGUGGCUUCAUCACCGCCGCAACUUCGGCUACGACAUCCGCGAGCUGGACGUCGAGAGCCGCGUCGCGUCCGCCGACUCCGACGCCAGGUCCAAGUUGCCCGUGCUGGUGUCGCUGGACAUUGCGCUGGCCUUCCCGAGCUUCGCCCACCAGUUCAUCCGCCUCGCGCUGAAGGCCAUGGGGGCGCCCGUGGCCGCGCUGAACUUCUUCGACUCGAUGUGGAUAGCCUCGUGCGCUGGCUUGUAUGUCCCGCUCUUCUACAUCCGCUCGGGCAUCGUCCAGGGCUGCGGGUGGAGCGGCAUUCUCUACGCGAUGGGCGCCGCCUGCGUCGUCCGCGACCUGGAGCAGCAGCUCGAACUCAAGGGGGUGAUGGCCCUCAUGGAAAACCUGACGGGCCUCGCGCUGAAGCCUGCCAAGUGCCGCAUCAUCCCGCUUGCGGGCCCUGUCGAUGACGGGCUCGUGAGCAAGCUGCGCGACGCCCUGGUCGCGAUCGCCCCGCGCUUCCAGGAGUUCAACAUUUGCGACAACCUGACCUACGUCGGUCUUCUCCUGGGGCCUGGAGCGACCGAGGGCUUGAUCUACGCGAAGGCCUUUCAGAAGUUCCGCUGGCGCACCAAGAUGCACACUGCCAGCGGCGCGCCCUCGGUGGGCCCCGCCCAGUUGUUCAAGAGCCGUGCUCUCCCUGUCCUCAGCUACUUAGCCCAGUGCGCGCCGCUGCCCCACGAGUCCUUCAAGGUUGAGAACUGGGUCAAUGCAUCGGUCCUGAGGUCCCCCAGCGGCGCGUUCAGGGUCAAGGACUGGCCAGGGCUACAGGACCGGGGCGCGCGCUCGCCGCGGCCCAUGCAGCUCGCGACGAUUGCCGCGAUCGUCCGCGCCGCAACGCCCACCUUCCACAAGUUCCCCGAGAGCCGCAAACGCCUCCGCAAGGGAUUGCGCCAGCACGGAGAUGACCAAACCUUGCCGGGCGUUGCUCGCGCGGCACUGCAUCUCUCCCCGCCCUGGUGGAAGACGCUGCCCUUCGUCGAGGCGUUCCGCGUGAUCGUGCCCGCGGAGACGGACCACCGCUACUACCCGUCCGCGCUGCUCGCCCCUGCCCUCGCGGCCGCGCGGGCGCCCCUCGCGGCGGGCAAGCAUGCCCGCGUGCAGCGGAUGGCGCAUGCUGCUGCCAGGAGCGCACUGGGCGCGGACGAGAUUGGCACGUUCCUCGCGAAGAUGCUCAUGAUCGAGCUGCCCGACCUCGUGAACACCUUCGAGAACGACUCCGAGGUGUUCGACCGGGUGAAGAUCGCCAUGACGAAGCUGCCGCUGUCGUGGGACGUGGCGAACCUCGCGCUGCUGGACACAAGCUUGGAGAACAUCGAGCGGGUCGUCAUCGCCUGCGGCACUUACCACGUGCUCCGAUUGGAGAACAGCGUCGACGCAGAGACCCUGCGCUCUGCGGCGCGGAUAGAAAGCGAGUUUCUCUCAUCGCUUCUGCUGCAUAUCAAGCUCUUCGAGCUCGACAUCUCCGCCUACUGGAACAGCCCUGAGGACCAGCUCCUAGAGGUCGAUCUCCAAAUCGUGAUGGCGAAUGAGCAGCAGUCCGGCAUCAAGAUUCCUGUGUGGAAUGGUGAGGCCUCCACUUUAGAGAGUUUCGAGGAGAAAGUAAAGCUGUGGGUCCUGGGCACGAAGAAGGAUGACAGAAUCUACCUUGGCCCGCGCCUGGUUCAGGCGAUGGACGAGGACUCGCAGCAGUGGUUCGAGGCGAAGAAGGUGUCGCUCGAUGACCUUGUCAAGGAAGACGGAGCUGAAAAGGUGGUGGAGGCACUCAAGGGAGUUCGAGGCACGGUCACGAUGCAGGAGGCUGUGUCCAAGUGGAGAGAGUUUAUGCGUGGAGUGUGUCGGCAUCCAGGUGAAGGUCCGAAGCGAUGGGUCUCUCGUUUCGACAUCCACCUGAGCAAGAUUGGGAAGGCCCUCCACGCAGUCUGUGAUGAUAUUCCAGCCCAAGGGUUUAUGCACGAAUUCAUCUUAGGGCUGAUCCUGCUGGACGGGACGGGCCUAGAUCCGUCAGAGCAGGCCGCGGUGCUGGCGACCAGCGGCCCCAAGGGCAACUCGUACCUCUAUCAGGACGUGAAGAAGGCACUGGCUGAGCAGUGGUCGGAGGAGCAACUGGCAUCGCGGGACGAGCAGAAGGGGUACAAGGCCAGAAAGGGCGCUCACGCGGUCUUCGACGACGCCGACGAGCUUGCCGCCUACGCCGAGGAGGUCUACGACGAGGCGCACAUCGACGGGUUCGAGGAGGCGGCGGACAUCACGGAGUCAGCGAUGACGGCAGCCGAAGACCUGAUGACUGCCGCGCUCGGUGAAGAGCCCAUAGGAGACGAAGAGCAAGGAGAGGAUGCGCUGGCAGCGGCCGCCUCGACGCACGAGACGAACGAGUGGACGGAGACGGCCUUCGCGGCUUCGAGGACGUUCGUGGAGGCGAGGAAGCUGAUCAACGAGGUCAAGAACGCCAGGGGCUACUUUCCAGUGGUAGGCCUGGGUGCCUACGACGCGCUCCCGACUCAACCCGCCGCUGGAGCUGGGCGCGGACGGGCAGUGAGCCGGGGCGGGCCACCUCGCAAGGGCAAGGGCAAGGAUCGAGGCGGCGUGGCAGGCCGCGGCAAGGGUCGCGGUCAGAGUCAGAAGCGUCCAGCAGCACUUCCGAAGGACUCGAACUCGGGGACCAAUGACAAGUUCAAGGGGGCUUGCCUGCUCUGCGGCGAGCCGGGCCACAAGGCAAGGGACUGCCCCAAUCGGGGCAACGGCGGCGCCCAAGGGGAGAGGCGCCGGGCUUUCAACAGCUUCGUUGGCGCGGCCGACGGCUACAGCAAGAAGGUCGAGUUCGAGGACGUCCAGGACGUGUUCAUCGGCACGGUCAACGACGAGGGCGAGUCCAAGGACGGCGACGAGGAAGGGCUGGACGAGUUCGUGGCCUUCAGCAUGGACGACUGCAAGGGCUACGCGCUCCUGGACGGUGGAGCGUCCAGGUCUGUUGGAGGCGUGGAGCAGCUAGAGUACGUGAACGAGCGACUGAGCGAGCCCAUGGAGGUCAGCCCGGACAAGAGUCUGGGAUUUUCGUUUGCUGGAGGCGACCGGGCCGACGCGCCCUCACGGGUGACCUUCAAUGUGAAGGUCUUGAACGACGAGGCGGUGAGCAUCUAUGUGCUGGACCGUCAGUCUCCCGUGCUACUGGGAAUCGAUAUGCUGAAGAAGUACGGGCUCGUGAUCGAUUACUUCCACAACACCGUGUACUCCCAUCGGUUCAAGCGUGAGAUCCCCACGAGAGUGCUCCCGUCAGGGCACUUGGCACUGAAUCUUACUGCUCUGGGCAACGAGGCCUCGAGCGCAGGCAGCGAAUAG